AUGGCAGUCAAAGUUCUGUAUUGGUUGACGUACUGCAAGCGAGCGCUCUUUGCCAAAGAGCUUCAACAUGCGCUUGGGACUCGGUCUGGCAAGAGCGAUUUGGACCGGAACCUCUUGCCGGAUAUUGACAUUAUUGAUUCAGUGUGCGCGGGCUUGGUUGUUCUCGAUCAAAACACCGGACUAAUUCGCUUGGUUCACUACACAACGAAGGAGUAUCUCUUGGGGCAUCCUGCUUUAUGCAAUUCAGAAGCAGACAUUGCCCAGACAUCCAUCACAUAUCUUUCCUUCGCGUCUUUCUCCAGCGGAUGCUCUACAAGCCGUAUUGAUUAUAAGCGCCGGCAACAGCUCUAUCCUCUUCAUCAUUACUGUGCAAAGUAUUGGGCAGUACAUGCCUCAGCGGCUCUAGGUACAUCGAAAGAAUUAAUGACGCAUAUCGUUACAUUUUUGGAGAAAGGAUCAAAUUUGCAUGCGGCUGGGCAAGUUAUGCUGGUCCGUUCUGUCCUAGGUAAUGGACUGGAUUUGGCUGGCGAUUGGCUACAGUUUAUUCCGCAUCCAUUGACAAAGGUACAUAUCGCAGCUAGUGGCGGUUUAACAAGCAUCAUUACCGAGUAUAUACGUCGAAAUGAGGAGGUGGACAUUCGAGACCCCGAUGGCAGAAAGCCGCUUGCCUAUGCUGCUAAAGCCGGCCAUCUUGACAUUACCAGAGUUCUUCUCGAAUCAAAGCGUGUCGAUCCUGACUCGAAGGAUAAGGACGGCCGGACACCUCUAUUACUUGCAGCUUCUGGGGAAUAUAAAGAGGUAGUCCACGUUCUCAUCCAAUACGGGGCAUGCCCAAAUCAUAAGGAUAGAUUUGGUUACAAUGCAUUAGGUGCUGCUGCUGCGUCUGGGGAUAUUGAGACAAUGCGGCUUCUACUUGAUCACGGCGCUCAAAUCAAUCAGCGGUAUCCAUAUUAUCAUGAAUAUGACGGUACUCCUCUAAUGAACGCCUGGCGUUCGGGAAAUACGGAUGCUGUUAUAUUUCUCCUGGAAAGGGGAGCAGAUCUCGACUUCCAUAAUGGUGGCGGGGUCACGAUUCUAUCAGAAGUAUCACGCAAUAAUGAUGAAGAGGUAGUAAAGCUACUUCUUGAAAUGGGAGUCCAGGUUGACCCCAAAGACCAUUUUGGCGCCACACCCCUUGCAUACGCUGUAGAAAAGGGGUUUCUUGGAAUAACAGAGAAGCUUAUCAAGGCUGGUGCUGAUGUCAACAUGCAAAAUCAUCACGGACAGAGCGUGCUUAUGGUGGCAUGCGAGUCGGCAGAAAGCAAUGAGGAAAUCAUCCAUGAGUUACUUCACCAUGGCGCCAAUCCAAACAUGCAGGACAGUUCUUUGGAGACCCCUCUCUCAAUAUCCACUAAACAUGGAUCUCUGGGUGUGGUGAAACUCUUAUUUGAUAAGGGAGCCGACCCAAAUAUCCGAGGUAAGCGUGGGGAGACAGCAUUAUUCGGGGCAGCAGAAGAGGGGCAUGGAGACCUAAUCAACACUCUUCUGCACAGUAAAGCAGAUCCGCAUAUCUGCAACGAGGCCUUUCAGACUGCAUUGUUUUGUGCUGUGAGAAAAGGACAUGUCUCUGUUGUCAAUCUUCUACUUGAUGCGGGAUCGGAUGUCCACGCUCAAGAUAUUGCUGGGAACACUCCGCUUUUCUAUGCUGCGUCAAGUGGGAGUGAAGAGGUCGUAAGAUUGCUGCUGGAGAAGGGCGCACAAAUUGAUCAUCGAAAUGCAUUGCAGGAGACAGCGCUUUUCUUCGCAGCCCGAUAUGGGCGGACAGCAGUUGCCAACCUUUUAAUAGAGGCCGGUGCCACCCCAGAUCCGAGAAACCUCAUCAUGGAGUCACCUUUGAUAUACGUAGCCGGCUGCCUUCUCCAUAUCCCUUCCUGCCCCAGCAAAAGAACACUGGAUUACAGUUCUGUGGUGACCCUUCUCCUCGAAACGGAGCUGAUCCCAAUCCUCGAUACAACCCAACUUUCCAAUCAAAGUCACAAUUUGAGUCGUGGGAGGUUCUAUGGUCUUCUCCAAUUCAUCGUCUUCGCAUGCCACCUCGUUUGCAGAAUGCCUGUUGCGAGGCUGCGCGCCACAUAUGGAAGUCUCGUGUUCAGGAAUAUGAUGAUGAGCAAAUCCUUAUCUUUCUGGAGCGUCUGA